CGCCUCAGGCGCGCGCCCGCUCUUUCCCUUCCCGUCGGGCGGGUGAAGUCAGGGUGGUGAAACACACUCCUGUGCGCUUCACACGGAAAAAGCUUUUCCCCCUUUUUGAGGCUUUUUGAAAGAUUUUUUAAACGCCGUGAAGCAAAACCACAGAAAAAUCCGCCUCAGGCGCGCGCCCCUCCUCUCUCCCUCCCGUCGGGCGGUGAAGCCGCUUCCGGCCGCCAUCUUGGCAGCGGGCGCGUGAGGCCGCGCGCGCGCCGGGCGCCAUCUUUGAGCCGGGCACUGGGGACACGGCGGCGGCGGCGGAGCGCGGCGACAGCGGCACGGCGGCCCCCGGGGGCUCGGUAAAACUCCCCGAUCCACCAUUUGGAAAAAUUCCCUGGGCAAAAAAAAAAAAAAAAUAUACAAACCUGGGAAAAUUCACUAGUGUUUGUGAGAGGGAACUGCAUGGCUGGGAAGAUCAAAAUCUGUGCUCAACGUGGCCAGGGUUACUUUUAAAAGAAGCUGUCACAGCUAAGGCAGGAGCAGGCUCUGAGGGAGGCACUUGUGGCCAGGCUGCAGCAGAGCCGGAUCAGAGCCGGGAUCAGAGCCAUGUCCAGCCAGGGCGACGACUGCUACUUCUACUUCUACUCCACCUGCAACAAGGGAGACUCCUGUGCCUUCCGCCACUGCGAGGCCGCCCUGGGCAGCGAGACCGUCUGCACGCUGUGGCAGGAGGGCCGGUGCUUCAGGAAUGUCUGCAGGUUCAGGCACAUGGAAAUCGAUAAAAAGAGGAGUGAGAUUGCCUGUUACUGGGAGAACCAGCCUGGAGGCUGCCAGAAGCACAACUGUGCCUUCCACCACACCAAGGGACGCUACGUGGACGGGCUCUUCCUUCCCCCCAGCAAGACCACUCUCCCAAGCCCCCCUGAGGCUGCAGAGGAUGAGGUGAAAAUGGUGCAGCUGCAGCAGAACAAACUCUCUGUUCAAUCCAACCCCUCCCCACAGCUCAGGGGGGUGAUGAAAGUGGAAAAUUCUGAGAAUGUUCCCAGUCCCACCCAUCCCCCAGUGGUCAUCAACGCUGCAGAUGAUGAUGAAGAUGAUGAUGACCAACUUUCUGAAGAAGGAGAAGAAACCAAAACCCCAGUCCAGCCACCACCCACAGAAAGCCACAAUGGGCUGAGGGUGAUUUCCACCAGGAAAUCCAAUCCCAGUGCAAAGCAAGAUGACAACUUAAAUUUCGGGAUAAAAACCUUGGAAGAGAUCAAACUGAAGAAACUGAAGGAAAAAGCCAAAAAACAAGAAGGUCCAUCAGGAGUGGCUGUGGAUCCUCUCCAGGCCAGGAGCAUUCCCGUGCCAGAGAAGGAAAACGUCCGGACCGUGCUGAGAACUGUCACCCUCUCCUCCAAGGAAGGGGAGGACCCUGUGAUCCAGCUGAAUAUUCCUGACAGACUGGGGAAAAGGAAAACUGUCACAGGUGGGAAAACUUUCCUUCCCCUGAGGAGAAACGUUGGGGACAGGCUGGGGAGGAAGGCAGAGCUGCAGGAAAAUGCUGACAAGGCCCCAAAGAGAGGCACAGUUCAAGUCCUGAGGUCCCUGAAGGAGAGGCUGGGGCUGCCCUCUGAGCAGAGCAGCACUGAGACAGACAAAGCUGCCAAACCCAUCGAGGAGAUCAGGGUGAAAACCCUGGAGGAAAUCCGGCUGGAAAGAGCCAACCAGAGACGAGGGGAGCCCCCAGGCAGAGCCCCAGGAGAGAGCAGGAGAGCUGAAGAUCCCAGUCUGGGAGCCAGAGCCCCCCCUGGCACCCGCAGCAAACCCCUGCCGGGAGCCCUGGCUGAGAAAAACCACAGGAGGUCGGCAGAGGAGAAGGAAAAAGCUGAGGAGUUCCCCAGCAGGGCCAAGGCUGAGGCUGAUGCCAGGAAACAGAACAUUCCUGCUCCAGCUGUGGCAGGCAGGGCACAGCUGGCAGAGGCUGGCAGAGCCAAGGGGGCCGGAGAAGUUCGGAUCAAAACCUUGGAGGAGAUCAAGAGGGAGAAGGCGCUGAGGAUGCAGCAGAGCGGGGAGAACCUGCCUGGGCCUGUUCCUGCUGCUGCUGCUGCUGCUGGCCAGCCCGAGGCUGCCCUCAGGGGCAGGAGGCUGCUCAGGGUCACCAAGCUCAUGGCACCUGGAAGAGAAGAAAAAAUGAUUGUGGAGCUGAACAAACCUUCCCCCAGAGGGAGCUCUGCACCUGCUGAGAAUUCAGGGAAUUCUGGAGUUCAGGUGAAGAGCCUGGAGGAAAUCAUGUGGGAGAAACGUCAGCUGAAGCAACUGCAGGAGGAGAAAGUCCCAAAAGGAUCUGGGGCAGCUGCAGCUGAAAUCCAGGAGAAGAAGCAGGAGAAGAGCCCAGAGGCUGCAGGGGGAUCAGCCCAGGCUGGCAGGAGGAGGCUGGGCAGGGUCCAGGAGGCCCCAGGGGGGAGCCCAGACAAGGAUCCAGGGAAAAAGGGAGCUCAGGGGGCUGAGAGGAGAGGCAGAGCCAAAUCCAAGGUGAGCCUGAAGCCUCUGGAUGCCAAAGCCUCUCCCAAGCAGCCCCUGAAGAGGAAGGGCCCCGAGGGCCCCCCCCCUGCUGUGGUGGCUGUGAAGCCACUCAGUGCCACCACUGGGGACAGCCAGGAGCCCUCAGCCAAGGUUGUUUCCAGUUCUGCAGAGAACAGCCCAGGCUCCAACCCUCGGAGAGAGAAUUCCCAGAGCAGCCCCGAGCUGCAGCCUGGCAGCCAGGGGGGGUCCCUGGCACAGUCAGAGGUGUCGGGAUCCUCCUCCUCCUCCUCGCUGGAGGUGCCGGUGAAGCUGCGGCGCCUGAGCUCCGCCGGGGCUGCCAAACCCGCCCUGUCCGUGGAGGACGACUUUGAGAAACUCAUCUGGGAGAUCUCUGGGGGAAAACUGGAAGCAGAAAUCGACCUGGAUCCAGGGAAGGAUGAGGAUGAUCUCCUGCUGGAACUCUCGGAGAUGAUUGACAGCUGAGAGCAGGAGUUUUAACCAAAAAAAAAAAAAAAAAAAAAAAAAAAAAGCGGAAAAAAAAAGACGCGACACCAAAAAAAAAAAAAAAAAAAAAACCACUUUAAAAGAAGCAAAAUUCUCUCCCCCACCCCCCAAAAAUCCUGUAAAUGUUGUUGGUCCAUGGAGGAGAUGCUGUUCCCAGCUGGCACAGCUGGAUUGGUAGGAAUAGGCAGAGUCUGUGCUCACUUAUCCCAAAUUCUGAGUUAUCCCGGCGCUGCUCCCACACGGGACAGGACAAAGCACUUGGAAUUCCUGGGGGACACAGAUCCCACCUCCAGAGCCAUCCCAGCUCCUCCUGGACACUGAACCCCAAACCUGGAGUUACUAUGUCAACUCUGGAAUCCACAGAUGGACUCGGAACUGGGGGGUUCAGGAGCCCCUGGCUGGGAGAGGGAGCGGCCGGGGCAGCAUUGGGGGAUUUGGGGAUUUAGGACCAAGCACUGCCAGGGGGAGCCUGACUCACAGUGAUCCUUGGGAUUCUUCUGAUGGCACCAGGAUCCUCCAUGGGCAGCCAAAAUUCCUCCUGGCUGCCUGCAGGAAUUGGGGAAAAGGAAAAGGAGGAUUGCUUCAAGUGCCUGUCGCUCCUGAGGAUCCCUCCCUGCUGAAGGACUGGAAUCAGCCUCUCACAUCCAGCAUUUUGGGAGGGUAAAAGCACCUGGAUUGUUCCUCCUUGGCUGCUUCCCUCUUUUCCAGCCCAUGAAGAUGGGAUUGGGUGGAAUCCCCGUGUUUUUUUUUGGUUUAUGAAAUUUUUCUUUUCUGUAAAUAUUUUAUUCUUCCAUUUUAUAUUUGUAUGAUUGUAUUUAAGGGAUUAAAGGUAGGCUGCUCA